CUUUUCUGAUCUCCUUUUUCCAGGCUGUGAGCUGACUGCCAGCACCAAAUCGUACACGUUUCAGGUGGACAAGGAGGAUGACUCUGACCACAUUUUGGCCCUGUCUGUGGUCUGCCUCAUGGAUGGUGCUAAGGACGAGUGCAACGUGGUGGAGGUCGUUGGGCGAAACCACGAGAACCAGGAGAUUGCUGUGCCCAUGGCAAAUCUGAAGUUGUCCUGCCAGCCCUUGCUGAGUCUGGACAACUUCAAGCUGCAGCCUCCGGUGACCUUCCGCCUGGCAUCAGGCUCUGGCCCAGUACACCUUGCCGGCUGGCACCAGAUCAUGCACAGGGAAGAUGCUUCCUUUGAGGACGAUGAUGACUUGUCUGCAGAGGAGGAGGAGGAGGAGCUUCCUCCUAUCAUGCCAGCCAAGAAGUAGAAGAGGAAGCAGUAACUUAUCUCCAGGCAAGGUACACGCUGGGACUUCUCUCCCCGGAUGGCUGUUACCUCGGACACCUCUUGCCAGGACCUCAACAUGUGCUGCUUUGGUGGUUUUUUUUUUUUUUUUUCCUCUUGUAACUUUUUGGGGAGCAGGGGCUGCUCCCAGCACUGGGGUGUCUCCUUUCCCACAGCCCUGGGAGGUUGAUCCCAAAACUGGAUGGAUGCUGCUGGUAUAUCCCCUCUCCCCCAUCCCUGUGCUGGCAGUCGGGGAUGGAGAAGGUGAUCCUUGCCCUGUGCCUUUUUGCUGCCCUGGAACUCUGCUCUGUGCACUCCCCCUCCCUACCUUUGAAAUGCCCAGUCCUGGCCUCUUCCCUGCCAGAUAGGUAGAAAGCCAGCGGUGGGACAGGCAGUUUCACUGAUUUGAGUGUGUUUGCUUUUCUCUACUCACAAUUUGAUGUUUUUUAUACA